CUCGGAGUAAUUUUAUCAGUUUUGUUGUUUUCAAAAUGGCAACUGCAAAUAUUGACCAAGAAAUGGAACCUGCCCUAAAUCAAAACGAAGAGCUGCUUGGCAUUACACCUUCUCGUUGGAAACAAAGUGUAAGAAAAAUCCAACGUCAGUCGGGUAAAGCUUAUAAAAAUACGAAAGGAGAACAAAUGCCAAAAAGAUCUAUUGUUGCACUAAAAAGUUGCAGAAAUUGUAAAUUUAAAUGUUCUACCAAUAUAUCUGAGAUUGAGCGUCAAAUAAUAUUUGAUAACUUUUGGACCUUAGAUGAUGACGGAAAAAAACAUUUCUAUUCUAAAACUACUGAAAAUCUGGAGAAAAAACGCUGUUGGACAGCUGCUGGUGACAAUUCAAGAAGAAAAACAUAUUAUUAUAGCUUUUUUGUUUCUAAUACACAAUAUAGAGUUUGUAAAUCAUAUUAUCUUUCAACAUUGAGUAUUAGCAGCCAUAGAGUGUUUUACUUUCAUAAGUUUAAUAAAUCUUUAACUACUGGAACACCAUUGCAAUCAAAAUCAGGGAAACAUGUUAAAAAAAGGUUACUAGAAGAGUCUAAACAAGUUGUACGAGACCAUAUUAACCUUUUCCCAAGAAUUGAUGCUCAUUAUAGCAGGAAAAAGACACAUAAAGAAUACAUGGAAGGAUCACUAAAUAUAGGUAGAAUGUAUGAUCUUUAUAAAAUAUAUUGUGAUGAAAAUGUCUCUCCUCCAGCAAAAGAACAUAUGUAUCGUUAUAUCUUUAAUCACGAGUUCAAUAUAGAAUUUCAAAAACCGAAGAAAGAUUUAUGUGACACAUGCUAUGAGUAUCGCAACAUUGUUAAUGCAAGCAAUGAACAAACAGAUAGUUAUAAUAAGCACAUAAAAUCAAGGAAUGAUACCAAAACUGAACGUGAAAAUGAACAUGAAAAUGCCAAAAUGUUAAUUCUAAAACUGCAAUUGUUUGUAUUGACCUUGAAAAUGUUUUAAAUUUGCCUAGAGCUAAUGUGGGAAACUUUUAUUACAAACGAAAACUUUCAAAUUAUAACUUAACUGGUCAUUGCUCGCUUAACAGGAAGGGUUAUUGCAUCCUUUGGAACGAAGCCAUGACUGGUCGUGGAGGAAAUGAUCUAGCCAGUGCUGUAACAUGUUUGCUUUUGAAAAUCAUGGCUGACCUUGACAUAAAUAAGUUCAUACUUUGGUUCGAUUCAUGUGUACCACAAAACCGCAAUAGUUUCAUGUCAGCAGCUUUGUGUGAAUUUAUAAUACGAUACCCACAAAUAAAAGUAAUUGAACAGAAGUUCUGCGAGCCAGGUCAUUCCAGCAUUCAAGAAUGUGACAACAUUCAUAGUCAGAUUGAAAAAUCCCUCUCUGCUGCAGAAAUAUUUAGUCCACUUGGGCUAGAAAGAGCUAUUAAAAAUGUAAACCGUAAAAAACCUUUCUGUGUUUACCAAAUGCAAUUAGGAGAUGUAAAGAAUUUUUCAGUUGUCGCUGGUUUGUCAAGUUAUAAGUUAGUGCCUUAUUCAAAGGUUAAAAAUCUUGUUUAUCGAAACGGACUGCCAUACCAUGUUUUUUUUAAAACCUCGUUUUCAGAUAAUUAUUCACAAGCUCGUAUAAAUAAGUCUGUCAAGAAAGCAGCAUCAACCAUUGUUGCAAAACCAUUAAAUACCAAUAUACCAAUGGCAGCUUGCUUUCGUGCUUCU